AGAGAGAGAGAGAGAGAGAGAGAGGAGCAACUGUGGUAGGUCGUUCACUGUUAUUGUGUUUUAGUGAAAUUUUUGUCAAAGCACACAGCUAAAAACUAUUAAAGAAAGAAAUAAUGGGCAAGUGUGGAGGGAGAAUGCAUUUCAUAUAUGGUAGGCAUUCCUCAUAGAGAUGACACGUGGAGAAGUCGACCAAUAAAAAGUGAGCUUUUCAAAAUUCAAACAUAAAAAUAAUUUGGGACACAUCACUCUAAGAAUGUGAUUGGUUAGUAAUACCACGACUAAUGAUAAAAUUCCUCUUCAAUUUGAAGGGGCUACGAUUGGGUUGCCAAAAAGUUAGGUCAUUAAAUCCUACCUCAAGCAGGCCAAGUCCAGAUAACUUAACUAUUAUAAAAUCAUUAUCCAAGUGAUGAACAGGCCAGCAAUGUGUUCGACUUGGGCAAAGUCCAGAAAAAAGUAUUCAAAGCAUAUGUACAAUUUUGAAAUGAUUCAGCGAAUCUUACAUAAGGCGAAACAAUCAACCUGAGUAUUCAUGGGGUAUUAUAUGAUAAAUCUUACUUAUAAAUUACAUCACAGCACAUUGCUCAUCCGGCAUGGGAUUGAUAGGUUAUGCUCAAUUCUAAAUUACCUUCGAGAAGCAUCAAAAGUUUCCAUGAAUUUUCCUUAUUAAUUGUGUGCUAAUAACUAUGUUGGAAAUUUUAGACAUAAGAUGAUCUUUUUUUAACAAUAUCGCGAGAAGUCUUGGAUAUAAUUCCUAUCUUCCCCCAACAUCUUCUCCUUAACGUGACCUAUAUUUAUAAAGGCAAAUAAAAAAUAAGAAAAUUUUGGGCAAUUCCUUUUCCUAAUGCUGACACACCUACAGUUAUACGCUAGUGACUAGUAUAGACAAUAGAUCCGCUAAAACCGUCCAUGAUAUAAAUGGCCAUAAUCAUGUAAUUAAACUUACGUACGAGGUGAGAUCUUUUACAGAACAGAGGAACAGCAAAAGAAAAAGCAAAUGGCAAGGAGACAAAAGUAGAACGUCGACAUGGGGGAGGGUGUUUGUGUCAUUUCCCAAUCGGGGUACCUAUGAUAAUUGCAAGCCGUGCGAGGUAAGAGAUGGGAAAGUCAAACUCAGCUGAAGCCAGAGGGAGAGAGAGUCGAAUCUGUGGAGGACUGACUAUAGAAGGGUGGGUUUGGGGGUUGCGAAGCUCUUCGCAGAAGAUAGCUUGUAGCACAGAAAUGUCACUAGUGGAAGAAGGAGCUGAUGAUUACACCCAAGAUGGAACCGUAGAUCUCCGGGGGAAUCCUGUCCGUCGGUCGAAGCGCGGCGGAUGGACCGCCUGCUCCUUCGUCGUCGUGUAUGAAGUCUUCGAACGGAUGGCGUACCAUGGAAUCUCGUCCAACCUUGUGCUCUAUCUGACCAAGAAGCUCCACCAAGGCACGGUCACGUCGGCCAACAACGUCACCAACUGGGUCGGCACCGUCUGGAUCACGCCCAUCCUUGGCGCAUACAUCGCCGACGCCCACCUCGGCCGCUACUGGACCUUCAUAGUCGCGUCCGCCAUCUAUCUCACGGGCAUGUCGGUGUUGACCCUGGCCGUCUCGCUUCCCAGCCUCAAACCGCCUCCGUGCUCGGCAGCGAACGUCGGCGAUUGCGAGAAGGCCUCCACGUUGCACCUCGCCAUCUUCUACGGCGCGCUGUACACGCUGGCGGUCGGGACCGGCGGGACCAAGCCCAACAUCUCGACAAUCGGCGCGGACCAGUUCGACGAUUUCGACCCGAAGGAGAAGGGCCACAAGCUGUCCUUCUUCAACUGGUGGUUGUUCAGCAUCUUCUUUGGGACCCUCUUUGCUAACACCGUCCUGGUGUAUAUUCAGGACAACGUAGGAUGGGCUCUCGGGUACGGGCUCCCCACCCUUGGGCUCGCGAUCUCAAUCGCGAUCUUCCUCGCGGGGACCCGUUACUACCGGCACCGGGUGCCUGCUGGCAGCCCGUUCACGAGGAUGGCCCAGGUCAUCGUGGCCGCCCUGAGGAAGUGGAGUGUGCCGGUCCCGAGUGAUCCGAAAGAGCUUCAUGAGCUUGACCCGCAAGAGUAUGCCAAGAGGGGGAAAUUCAGGAUCGACUCAACACCAACCUUGAGAUUCUUGAACAAAGCAUGCGUCCAAGCCGGGACGACUUCUCCGUGGAAGCUAUGCUCGGUCACCCAAGUGGAGGAGACGAAACAAAUGCUGCGGAUGAUCCCGAUCCUGAUCGUGACUUUCGUCCCGAGCUGCAUGUUGGCUCAAAUCAAUACCCUCUUCGUCAAGCAAGGAACUACCUUAGACAGAAGCAUCGGCAGCUUCAAGAUCCCCCCGGCGAGUCUAUCUGGAUUCGUGACCAUCUCGAUGCUCGUCUCUGUCGUGUUGUACGACCGCUUCUUCGUCAAGAUCAUGCAAAGAUGGACCAAGAACCCGAGAGGCAUCAGUCUUCUUCACAGGAUGGGAAUCGGCCUCAUCCUCCACGUCGUGAUCAUGACUGUGGCGUCCUUCACCGAGAGAUGGAGGCUCCGAGUGGCUAGGGAACACAAUUUAGUCGAAUCAGGAGGACAGAUACCACUGACAAUCUUCAUCCUGCUUCCUCAAUUCGUGCUCAUGGGAACAGCUGACGCAUUCCUGGAAGUAGCGAAGAUCGAGUUCUUCUACGACCAAGCGCCGGAGAGCAUGAAGAGCCUGGGAACAUCUUAUGCAAUGACUACUUUGGGAAUCGGGAACUUCCUCAGCAGCUUCCUCCUCUCCACUGUGUCGCACAUCACCAAGAGGCACGGCCACCGCGGGUGGAUACUUAACAAACUGAAUGCAUCGCACCUCGACUAUUACUACGCCUUCUUCGUGGUGCUCAACAUCCUGAAUUUUGGGUUCUUCCUGUUCGUGACGAAACUCUAUGUGUAUCGUGCCGAGGUCUCGGAUUCGAUGGUGGUGCUCAAGGAAGAAUUGAAAGGGCUGGAGAAGGUACAUAACCAGGAAGUGCCGGUGACAUAGCUAUGUGAUAGGUAAAAUGUCACGGCUCCGAUUUGCAACGAAAAGAUGAUAGUGAAACAAUGCUUAUAGCCUAAGGUCUACCUGGUGUAGAAUAUCCAGCAUUUGUACAGCUCUUGGCGUCAUCGCUACGAUGCGUGGCUUAAACAUUCAUACACAGAUGAUGAUGAUGUUUAUACUUCUUGGAAGAACACGAAGAUAAAAUCUCUAUACAGUCUAUUUGCGGGUACGACUCUUUCUUUGCUA